AUGUCUGACACAAUUUUACUGCACAAUAAUUCCAAUCUUAUUUCUGAAGAGAUCAAGCUUUUUCAAAAGCCGCCGACUGGUCGAAGUAGAGAUCCCAAAUUGCCUCAUAUUUGUGUUUUAGGUGGCAGUAGAAGGAGAAAUCGGGUAACUUCAAGUGACGGAGAAGAUAAACCAGUUAAAGACAGGAAUGGAACACGGAAGGGCCAAUGCGAAAACAUUGUCGACGAUUCAGGCUUUCAAUCAAAUCUAAGUGGAGAAUCGCUGGAACACUGUGGAAUUGGUCAAGAUAACGACGAUCCUAGCAUGAAGUUUAUGCAAAGUAGAAUGAACGAAAGGGAAAGUCAUUCCAGCUCUGCGGCUCCUUCACCACGAUCAUCACGAACGGCUUCACGAUCGGCUUCACGACCACUCAUCUCUACGCCCAUGGCCCAAGUCAGACGACGCUCUUCCUCCACGAUUCCCAGUCCCUCGGGUCCAUCCUUGUCACUUUCGCGAGGUAUUUCGAGUUAUUUUUUCCUAGCAUUCGGCAAAGUUAGGCUCUCCAUACUGUCUUAA